AUGUGUUGUAACACCACUUGCACCCCACCCAUCAUUUACAGUCGAGCAUGGUCGACCUCUGGGGUCCGUGGAGAAGUACGUGGGCGGCUGCCCGAGGCACUUCCUCGGCCCGGGGAUGAUGGCCCCUUUCUACGCUGUGCAGGCUGGCCACCGCGCCACAGCCGCAGAUACUAA